GGCACAACAUAUAGUACGUCGGAAUUUAAAAAGUUGAUAGUGUUUGAACAUGUCGAAGUUAUUAUUUUUGUGUUUGAUGAUUGGUGUGGCUAGUGCUGCUACGUUUAGAGGGAAAGUGCCGAAAAAACCAGAGCAUUUAGCUCACAAAGAAGGCUGUUACGUGAAGGAGGUAAACGAUGUCGUCCCGUACGGCUCCAUGGCUACCCCCAUCGGCCAAUGCGUCCGGAUAGAGUGCGGAGCCGAUAUGCUGUACUAUGCUACAUGCGGCGUGGUUUCCUCCGCUGACCCAAAAUGCCACAAGACAAAUGGGGAUCUCACGAAGCCCUACCCUCAUUGCUGCCCUACGAUCAAGUGUGACUCCGAAAACCAAGUCUAAUGUGUUAUUAUGAGAGUAUAUCCAACUGGCUGAAAAAAAGGCUGUGAGAAAAUAAAAAAAAGCUAAUUUUA